GGGAUUUGACACAGGAGUGUAUGUCCGAGACCAAGAAGUCAAAGGUCCAAAGCCAAUUGGACAUGAAGGUGUGGAGAUCGAGCUUGGAUGUACAUUAAGGUUGAUUCAUUCAAGUUCAACCGGGAUGAUAAUAUUAAGAUGGGUGGUGUCAAUGGGUUGGGCACGGAGCCAAAGAGGUGAUAAAGAGAACCCAAUUGGAAGCCUCUUAAAUGGACCAACCCUAGAAGCUUCUCUUCUCGAGGGUCUAGUUUUAGUCAUUCAAGUAGUUCAAAGAGCCUUGAUGGAGAAGAAUGAUACUUUAAUCCAAUCUCCUUCGGGGGACAUUGUUGCUCGUGCUAUUUCUACAACACCAUCUAAACGGAUGUCUUUGAGGAAGGCUUGCCUUGGCAUGAUUACUCGGGCUAAAAACAAAAUCAACAAGCCACUACAAAAACUCGGUCUUCAUACUCACAUUCAUUACACCAACAACAAUAUUAAACCUACAACUAUGAACCAAGCACUCAAAGACCCUAAUUUGAAAAAAGCCAUAUAUGAAGAGCCUCUGACUUCAGUUAAUGGUUGCCCGCAAAAUGUUGAGGAAUUUCUCACCAAAGUUCUAACUGAGGCUAGCCGGCGGAAGGCUUCACCGUGGGAUGCUUCAUAUCGGUGCCAGACUCCUAAAUUCACAGGUUAUGAUGGCUACACUGAUGGCUAUGACGAGCACAAUGGUUUCCACAAUAAAGACUUGCUAAAGCCCAAUGGUAAUGCACAUUGGAAUGACAAUUACGAUGAUUAUUACCAUAAACAAGGUAGCAACAUGAAACCAAACAUGAUCACUAGUGGUGGAUGGGAAAGGCCAAGUCAUUCAACAUGGGUAGCAACACCUAAUGCUUCCCUCUCUGGAGCAACAAAUGAUAUCAGUGCAGCUGUAGGGUUACUGAAAGAAGUUGCAAAACCUUGUGUCACUACUACUCCACAAUCCCGGUAUAGAGAACCAGCCUAUACAGAUUACAGCAAAGAAGCUGCAAAUCGAUAUAGCAACUUCAAUGUUUCAUACAGACCAUAUGCAAGAGAUGAUAGUUACACAUCAAUCAUUGACAGCAGAGAGGCUGCAAGGAAAUAUAGUGGCUUAGCAGUAGGAGCUACCAAUAGGCCUGAUGCUAUUAAUCCUGCACCAAGGAGGCCUGGAAGAUUUGAUUGCAAAAUUAUGUUAGGUAUUCCAGAUGAGAAUGCCAGAGCUGAGAUUCUUUUGGUUCUGACACGAAAAUGUGUACUAGAGGGUUCUCUCGAUCUCCUGCAAUUAGCCAAGUCCACACCAGGUUUCACUGGAGCUGAUUUAGAUGCCCUGGUUGAUAAGGCUGGUACUCUUGCAGUGGACAGAACUGCUAACAGGGAGAGUCUGAUUUAUCCUGAGAACAUACAGAUUUGCAGCACAAUCUGCAGCGGCGGAAGAUACUUUGGCAGCCUGCAGACGUUGAAAAUCUUGCCAUCACCGUCCCUUUUGGUUUCACAACUGUGGCCUUUGCCAUAUUUGUCACUGAGGGCUGCUAUUAGAACCAAUCAUAAGACCUGUAAUGGAUGUAUUAAGCUGGUUUUAGUUGAUUGGUUUGCUGAACAAGAUGCUGCAACUUUCUAUCUGCAGGAGGCAGCUAAAGUGAUUCAGCCAUCAUUGAGAAGAGAGGGAUUCCCUUCCAUUCCUAUACUUGAGGUGAUGGAUCCUGCUGUCUUACGGCCGCAUAGAUUCUGCAAACAUAUUUAUGUCCCUCUUCCAAGCCCAGAUAAGCAUGGAUUGAUCUUAAAAACUCUAGCCAACGGACAGCCUACUGAUGCAAGUAUCGGUUUGAGUGUCAUUGGAAGAACGGAGGCUUGUGAAAAUUUUGAUAACGCACAAAUGGCUGCUUUUGAGGCUGCAAAUGAGAACAGUUCUGAAGAGACUGAAUUCUCGAUUAAGUCAAUCCAUUUUGAGCGAGCACUGUCCGAAAUUUCUUCAUCUUGUAAGCCAAGAGUACUUGAUGAUAAAUGA